CUGUGCCGCUCGUUUCGCUGCCUCGAGCAGGAGCGGACUUUGCGCGCCUGUUAGGAGGCGGUGCGCUUCGGUUGUACCUCAACCCUUGACUUUCUCUGCCUGUAUGGGAAGGAAAGCUUAUCUGGCAAACCGUGCCGGUGUACAAAUCCUUACGGCGUCUGCUUCCGAUCCGUGAAAGGGAAUCUGAAUAUGUCUGGCAUAGCUCUAAGUAGACUUGCACAGGAGAGAAAAGCCUGGAGAAAAGAUCAUCCAUUUGGAUUUGUAGCAGUACCUACAAAAAAUCCAGAUGGCACGAUGAAUCUAAUGAACUGGGAAUGUGCUAUUCCAGGAAAGAAGGGGACACCGUGGGAAGGAGGCUUAUUUAAACUACGGAUGCUUUUCAAGGAUGACUACCCUUCUUCACCCCCAAAAUGUAAAUUUGAACCACCAUUAUUCCACCCAAACGUGUAUCCUUCAGGCACAGUGUGUCUCUCCAUCUUAGAGGAGGAUAAGGACUGGAGGCCAGCAAUCACAAUUAAACAGAUCUUGUUAGGAAUACAAGAACUUCUAAAUGAACCAAAUAUUCAAGACCCAGCUCAAGCAGAGGCGUACACAAUUUACUGCCAAAACAGAGUGGAAUACGAAAAGAGGGUUCGAGCACAAGCCAAGAAGUUUGCACCAUCAUAAGCAUCUGUCAUGCAGCAUCUUAAAAAGGAAGGGAUUGGUUUGGCAAGAACUUGUUUACAAAACUUUUGCAAAAUCUAAUGUUGCUAUGUACAAUUAAUAUCCACUUAGGGGAGGGGGUUGUAUGUGUGCCAUUUUCCAUAUUCGCCACUUGUAUACAGUUCUAAAUUUGCUGAAUUGCCCCCAGUUUUUUCAUACAGGGUCUCUUCCUUCAGUCUUUUGUAUUUUUGAUUGUUAUGUAAAACUUGCUUUUAUUUUAAUAUUGAUGUCAGUAUUUCAACUGCUGUAAAAUUAUAAACUUUUAUACUUCUAUAAAUUCACUAGUAUCUCUAGUUACUUUGCUAUCUGAUGCAGGCAUGCUUUAAAAUGUUAGAACUAUAUUUAGCCUUUAGCUGGCUGUAUGGAAAAAUAAAAAUCAUGCCCUCCACCCCCUUCCCUCCCUGAAUUUGUUUUUCUAUCUUUCAGAAACUAGGUUGUUAUUGCUUAAGAGCCUCUGAGAUCCAAAGUCAGCCAGCAUCCUUAUUCUGCAUCACUUCCUUUGUGUUUAUAUGGCAUUGUCUGUGUUGCUGUUUAGAGUAAAUAAACUGUUUAUAUAAA